AUGACCUAUUCCAUUCAACAACAGCAAGAACAACAAAUAGCUCAUCACUGGUCCAACACUUUGAAUUUAAUGUUUGGUCUCCCAGAUUCUGGCUCAACUUUACAUUAUUGGCUUCUCGUUCCAUUGCUCUUGACUUUAACUUCCAUGUUCAUUACCAUUCUUGCACAGACAUGUGCCCAUUGGUUUUGGGAUGAAAUUGAAUUGAAACCACUCUACAAAAAUCGUCCCAAAAGUAACUCAAUCUUGUAUUAUGUCUUGAAUCAUUCAAUGGCUGCCUUGUUAACUAGUUUUUGUAUUGUCUAUACUAGAUACUAUGGUUCUCUGUAUGAAGACUUUGACAUUUGGCAGAAUGUAUGUUCGUUUUCGAAAAUGUUCGAAACAUGCAUGUAUUUGGUCCAAGUUCUCCUCUGUGUCCUAUUCAUGAUGAUCCUCUAUGAUUUACUAGUUUACCUCUUUCAUCGAACAUGCCAUUCCCAUCCCACGUUAUAUUCCUUGCUUCACAAACAACAUCACGAAAAUAAUUCUCCUCGUGGAAUUCUAGAUGCCAUUUAUGGAGAUGCUUGGGAAAGUACCAUUAUUGCAUUCUUUUCAUGUGGUCAAAUGAUGUUCUUUCCAUUUCCUAUCAGUUCGGUCGUUGUGUUUCUAUUUGUCAUUAGCUUUUUCGUUCAAUGGAAUCAUUCAGGAAGGAAAAUUGUCAUUCCAUAUAUUUACAAUUUUGAAUAUCAUGCAGCUCAUCAUCGAUACUUUAAAGUGAAUUUUUCAGAGCAUGUCAUGUUGUGGGAUUACCUGUUUGGUACUUUACGAUUGAACUAUGAAAGAGAAUCGUAUUGA